UUGAAAGAUACACAAAUUGAAAAAGCAUCCCCAACUGUUGAAUUUGGGCGGAUGAUGACUCCUUAUAGCCCGCAUCAUCAUCAUCGCGCUCCCUGCUCAAAUCUCAGUCACAGGAAAAGCCUCAAAUCUAUUAUGAGAGCGAAUAAUUAUUGGGUUUCAACAGUGUUUUAGAUUCAUUCAUUCAUUCAUGUCUUCUUCCAGACCUGAAGAUGAAUCCAAACAGCCCGACAAAUCGAGAUUUCUGAAUCUAUUUCGCCAGUACUGCUUUCAUCAGCUCUCCAACAGUAUGCCGAGCUUCAAGCUCAAAGACCGCUGCAAGAAUACCCAAGUCCACGCCCUUAACUCAUCCGACUGCUCCACCAGCACCGCCGCCGCCGGCACCGCCAAGCACUACCAUCAGGCCCAACCCACAAUCAAUUCCAUCCUCACAGAGUCCCCGGAGACAGUUUCAUCGCAAAUGGCCGAGUCCUUGCUCCCAUUUGGACUUCCCACGACUGCUUCUCUCGAGCCCCAAAUCGACCCUUUGUUCAAACCGGUCGAUUUUGUUGAAUCCAUGGCUGAGCUCUACCGAAGGUUAGAAAAGAGUCCAGAUUUCGCUAAAUCCGCGUUGUAUUUGGAACAAUUCUCUCUGUUGUGUAAUCUCGGCGACCCGAAAUUGAAUCGGAGGUGUCUCCAAUCGGCCCGCCAACACGCAGUUGACGUGCAUUCCAAGGUGGUUUUAUCCGCUUGGUUGAGAUACGAGAGGAGAGAAGACGAGAUGGUGGGAAAAUCAGCUCUUGAUUGCACUGGCAGAAUUCUCGAAUGCCCUAAGUCCGCUUUGGUCCACGGGUAUGACCCGGAUUCGGUUUUCAAUAAUUGCAAUUGUCAUCAACAAUCCCUGAAUCACAAAUCUGAUUUCAGCAUCUCCAUGGGGAAUUCCCUCCCUACGGCGGAAGAAGAAGGGGAAGUAAGUUUCUAUAUUGGCAAUGAAGUGAUCACGUGUAUCAGAGGUAAAUUCGCUUCUCUGUCAGUUCCUUUGGAAACCAUGCUGUAUGGUAAUUUCAUGGAGUCUAAGAACGAAAUAAUUGACUUCACACCAAUUGGGAUUUCUCCGGAUGGACUGAAAGCAGUUGAUAUGUUUAGUAGGAUAGGAAGAUUAGACACCACAUAUCCACCAAGUAUAGUUCUAGAGAUGCUCUCUUUUGCAAAUAGAUUUUGUUGUGAAGGAAUGAAAUCAUCUUGUGAUAGUCAUUUAGCUUCAAUGGUUUCCGACAUUGAUGAGGCCUUGGUUCUUAUGGAUUAUGCCAUGGAGGAAAGAGCACAACUUCUGGCAGCUUCUUGCUUGCAGGUUAUGCUCAGAGAGCUCCCUGGUUAUUUAUACAACUCCAAAGUUUUUAGUAUAUUUUGUAGCAGUGAAGCUAAGGAGAGGUUGUCUGCAAUAGGACAUUCUUCCUUUCUUUUGUAUUAUUUCCUUAGCCAGGUUGCCAUGGAGGAUAGUAUGGAGUCGAAAGUGACAGUAAUGUUAUUGGAGAGAUUGAGAGAAUGUGCUAGUGACAGGUGGCAGAAGGCUAUUGCACUUCACCAGCUAGGUUGUGUCUUGUUUGGGAGGAAGGAUUAUAAAGAAGCUCAAUCUUGCUUUGAAGAAGCUGUGGAAGCCGGGCAUGCAUAUUCUUCUGUAGGAGUAGCAAGAACUAAAUGCAAACAGGGGCAACGUUUUUCAUCUUAUGAGACAAUUGAUGGUUUGAUUUCAAAUUACAAACCCACGGGGUGGAUGUACCAAGAACGGUCUUUGUACACUUUGGGUAAACAAAAGAUUUCGGAUUUGGAUGAUGCCACUAAGUUGGACCCCACACUUACUUUCCCGUAUAAGUACAGAGCUGUUGCUAUGGUGGAAGAAAACGAGAUCGAGUCAGCCAUAUCAGAGAUAAACAGAAUUGUCGGGUUUAAGGUAUCUCCAGACUGUCUUGAGCUCCGGGCUUGGUGUUUUAUUGUUAUUGAAGAUUACAAGUCUGCCAUGAGAGACAUUCGAGCUCUUUUGACAUUGGAGCCGAAUUAUAUGAUGUUUUUUGGGAAGAUGAGAGGUGACCACUUGCUUGAAACCCUAGCUCAGCAUGUCCAACAAUGGAGUUCGGCUGAUUGCUGGAUGCAGCUUUAUGACCGAUGGUCUUCUGUUGAUGAUAUCGGUUCAUUGGCUGUGAUUCAUCAGAUGCUGCUCAAUGAUCCGGGAAAAAGUGUCUUACGGUUUCGCCAAUCUUUACUUCUUUUGAGGUUGAACUGUCAAAAGGCUGCAAUGAGGAGCUUGAGAUUGGCACUUAAUCAUUCUACCUCCAAGUGCGAAAGACUAGUAUAUGAAGGAUGGAUUCUAUAUGAUACAGGGCACCGCAAAGAAGCACUUUUGAAAGCUGAGGAGUCAAUAACUAUCCAGAGAUCAUUUGAAGCCUUCUUCCUUAAAGCUUAUGCUUUAGCUGAUACAACUCUGGAUUCUGAAUCAUCAUCAUAUGUGAUUCAACUAUUAGAGGAGGCACUUAAAUGCCCAUCAGACGGUCUUCGUAAGGGACAAGCACUGAAUAACUUAGGGAGUAUCUACGUUGAUUGUGGAAAGCUGGAUCAUGCCGCACAUUGCUACUCAAGUGCCCUAGAAAUCAAGCAUACAAGGGCACAUCAAGGAUUAGCACGCGUUUAUUAUCUAAAACAAGAUAAGAAAUCUGCCUAUGCUGAAAUGACAAAGCUUAUAGAGAAGGCACAAAACAAGGCUUCAGCUUACGAGAAACGGUCAGAAUAUUGUGAUCGUGACAUGGCAAAUAAUGACCUCAGCAUGGCAACACAACUGGAUCCUUUAAGAACGUACCCUUACAGAUAUAGAGCAGCUGUGCUCAUGGAUGACCAAAUGGAAGCAGAAGCAGUGGAAGAGCUGACAAGAGCCAUAUCUUUCAAACCAGAUUUGCAAAUGCUCAACCUUAGAGCUGCCUUCUAUGAGUCAAUGGGUGAUCAAACUUGUGCUCUCAGAGAUUGUGAAGCAGCACUCUGUUUGGAUCCCUCUCACAAAGACACCCUCGAUCUCUAUCACCGUACACUAGACAAAUCCACCCCUUAAUAGCAGCAGCCAGCCAGAGGGUUUGAGCUUCUUCUUUCCCUGAAACAGCAACCAGGUCUGCAAUGAUGACGAUGACACUGGUUCAGGGGCGAAACGGGGUUUACCCUCGACGGUGUGUGUACAUAUUACGGGCAGGCUGGGCCCGCUUAGGAUCCUGACAAUGGGAAAAAAUUAGUUUGUUCAACUAAAGACUAGAAUUUCACAGAAAGCAAAAAACACAUGACAUGCUGAAGAUUGAAGAAUCUGCUUUUUGGGUGUGGCAUAUUUUAAACAAAGCAUUGAUCCUUCCGGACUGAACAUAUAAGUACUGAUUUUUUUUUCUUUUUAUGGGGGGUUGGCACGUUUUUUUCUUCUCUAGGGUACACGAGACGUGAAUCUUGUUUGCCAAAGAAGCUUCGUUCUGAAUUGCGAUACAAGACCCUUAAAAGCUCAUCGCAGAUUUGUACAUGUCACAUGUGUAUAAUAACAAUGAACGGAAGCUGUUUCCUUUGCUAUUUUAUGCUUUCUGUUUGUGAUAAUGUAACUUCGACAUGUUUCUUAUAAGUGUUUUAUAAGUGUUGAUCAGACAUGACAGAAUUGUCCAAAGUCAACGUGUGAAGUUUACAGAAUGAGUAACAACUAACAAACGCGUUAAAU